AUGUCGAGAUCCCUCCUCCGCCGUCUCUACACCACCGCUCCACAAUCUCCAUCUCCAUCUCCAUCUCCAUCCGCCUCCCAAAUCGCAGCUCAAUUCCUGUCCCACGCCCAAUCCCGCCCCCCUCACACGCAAACCCACCUCCUCGACGGCGCCCAACUCCACCGUCUCUCCGCAACCCUCUCCCGCACCGAAUUCCGCUCCACGCCCCCCAAUGGCACGAAAAUCCCGCCGGCCUGGCACCUCGUGUAUUUCACGCCCGCGCAGCUCGAAGAGGAACUAGGGCUUGAUGGGACAGACACGACGUAUAACGCUCCUCACCCGUUUACACGGCGGAUGUGGGCGGGCGGGGAGCUGGAGUGGGUGAAUGCUGAGGGUUUGGAGGUAGGGCAGACGGUGAAGGAGACGACGAGGUUGGUGGAGGCGAGCGCGAAGACUACGAGGACUGGGGAGGAAAUGAUUGUUGUGGGUGUGAGGAAGGAGUUUGAGAAUGAGAGGGGGGUGGUUUUGGUUGAUAAACGUAAUUGGAUCUUCCGACCCCCCAUCACCACCCCCCUCGCUCCCGUCGCACCCACAAACUUCGUCCCUAUCUCAGAUGCACACCACUACCGCGAUUACAUCCAAUCCCCCGUGACCCUCUUCCGUUUCUCAGCGCUGACAUUCAACGCGCAUAAAAUCCACUAUAACCGCGAGUGGUGUCGCGAGGUGGAGGGACAUCGCGAUCUCGUCGUUCAUGGCCCGCUGAAUCUGGUUCAUAUGGUUGAUCUGUGGAGGGAUAUGAAUGGGAGGUGGCCGAGGAGGGUGACGUAUCGGAAUACGAAGCCCGUUUAUGUGGGGGAGAGGUAUAGGAUUUUGAUGGAUGAGGAACGGGGCGCGGGGACGGAGUGCAGGUUGGUGGAUGAUUUUGGGGGGUUGGGGAUGGUUGGGAGGGUUGAGGGGUGA